AUGCGGCCGUCCGCGCUAUUCCCGGCGCUCUGCGCCAUGGCCGCCGUCAUCCUCGGCUUCCUCUGCAUCUUCGCGGGCCACAAGAAGGACUUCAUGGAAGACUACCACAUCCUGACCCUCAACACCAGCCGCAUCGGCCAAAACAUCCUCAGCGAGCUGUCCGACUCGUCCAGCUCCAGCUCCAGCGGCCUCCUCGGCCUCAUCGAAAACGCCACCUCCAGCAUCUCUUCCGAACUCACCGACUCGCUCAACAACGCGGUCAACAGCGUCGCCGAGUCCAUCGCCGAGGACAUCGGGCUGUCCGACUUCUACAGCGCGCAUCUGAUGGACUACUGCUGGGGCGACUACACGCCGCAGGCCGUCGCCAACGCGUCCGUCUCGGCGUCGCAGAUCCACAAGAACGUGUCGGCGUGCUCCAACUCGACGGCCAUGUUCCACUUUGACCCGACGGCGGUGCUGGAGAAGUCGCUGAACGAGAGCGGGCUCGGCAUCACGCUCGACGACCUCAACUGGCCCGACGACAUCCAGCAGGGGCUCGACGCCCUGCGCAUCGCGUACAAGGCCAUGUUCGUGCUGUACUGCAUCGCCGUCGGCACCUCCUUCCUGGUGCUGUUCGGCUCCGUCGCCGGCGUCUUCCUCGCCUCGGGCAGGCUGUCGGCCUUCUUCAACGUCAUGAUCGCCAUCCUCGCCUUCCUGGCCUUCGGCAUCGCGAGCGCCAUUGCCACGGCCAUUGCGGUCAAGGGCUCCGACGUGAUCAACCAGUAUGGCAACGACAUCGGCAUCGAGGCGCAUCGCGGCGGCAAGUUCAUGGCCAUUUCGUGGGCGGGCACCGGCGUGCUGUUCUUGGCCAUCCUGGCGUGGUGCGUCGAGUGCUGCAUCGGCCGGAGGCACAAGAAGAGGACGACGUUUGCGGAGAAGCCGUAA